AUGGGGAUCGAUAAACCCAUUAGCUUCCUGGAUCUCCCGCCGGAGUUACGUAUCCAGAUCUACAAGCUCCUUUUGGGGGAAAAUCGUUAUAGGCAUAUAUGCCGUGGACAAAGAGGACCUGAGAAGAAUAACUCAGAAGACAGGCAGGAUAGCACAGAGACAAGAGCUCUCCGCCCCGCAGCUCCUUACAUAUAUUCCCUUAUGCAAUUGUUCCUCACCAACAAGCAAAUCUACCUGGAAGCUGUGCAUAUAUUCUACACCCACAGUAUAUUUAAGGCCUCUAUAGAGCUCGGGGAGAAAGACUGGCAGACGAUAUACAAGUGGCUUGUGAUGAUCGGUCCGCAAAAUCGGAAAAAUGUCAGAAAGCUCUCGAUAUACUAUGAUUGCCUGGAAUGGGCUCCAGUACUGGAAGAUGGACACGUAGGUGAAAGAUGGUUGACCGGUCUAAGUGGUGAGGAUCGUUACCAGCCUUGGGACUGGACCAGAGUCGGGCUGUCGCCGACACGUGAAUGGGUCGAGCUCAUCAGUCCUACAAUUGAGAAGAUAUUCAAGCUUCUUGGCGAGUGCCGCAAUGUCACUGUCACGUUCGGCCGCCACCUGUCAGGUGAGCUUGUGGACAGAGUGCUGUACCCUCGGCUAUAUGAGGCGGAGAAAGGGAAGGAGUACCCUAAUUCCGAGUAUUUUGGAAUGUCGUACGAGAUUCAAUGGUACUUCAAGGUCCCUUAUAGCAUGGAGGAUGUCCUGUAUGAUCAUGACCUCUACGGGGAAUACGACUUUUAUGGACCGCCGACCAGGUCGUUGCUACCGGAUCUGAUGGAGCUGUAUCGGACUCGAUAUGGCGGUAAUUCCAUCAGCGUGCUGUGGGAUGUUAUGCUUUUCUGUGCAAAAAUGGAGACGAGCUGGAGAAGGAGCAUGAUUGAGCGCUCUGGAUGGGACAUACUCCAGUUUGAACGUCAUCCUUUAAUAAAUCUUUCAAAAGAAGUGGUAAUUAUGGACUUGAAAAAAAGGUCGAAGGAUCUUCAGGAAUUGGCUGCACAAUCGACUGGAGACCUUGAAUGUGAUAUCAAUUUAUGUAUGCGGUGCUCUGGUGAUGCAGACUAG